GGCAGCCACAUCUACACAGACCAGGCAGAGCUAAUGAGACAUAAUAAAAGUAGAGGAGAUGGAGGAGAAUUCAGCUGAAAUCAAGUGUGAUCCAGUGAAUGAACCUGGUGAAGGUGAACACUCAGAGAAGAAUGAUGACAACACAGGAGGAGAGUCUGAAAACACAUCUGUAUCAUCUGCAAACAAAGAGAAAGGAGAGGCUGAUGAAGUGUCAGGUUCGGGGAACAGAACUCAGGUGCAGACUGGAGUAGGUGAUAAAAUAUCUUAUUUUAUUGAAGCUGUGAGUGCUGGGUGGCAGAAGGGGGGCUGGAUCCGAAGAUGGCUGGGCGGGCUGAUGUGGUGCUUGGCUGCGUUCCUCUGUGCGGCUGCAGACUUGAUGUUCCAGUGCGUGGCGUGGCUAUUGGCAGCAGAGGAUUCUGAAGUAGAGGAGUUGGAGGAGAAUUCAGCUGAAAUCAAGUGUGAUCCAGUGAAUGAACCUGCUGAAGGUGAACACUCAGAGAAGAAUGAUGACAACACAGGAGGAGAGUCUGGAAUCACAUCUGUAUCAUCUGCAAACAAAGAGAAAGAAGGGGGGCUGGAUCCGAAGAUGGCUGGGCUGGCUGAUGUGGUGCUUGGCUGCGUUCCUCAGUGCGGCUGCAGACUUGAUGUUCAAGUGCGCGACGUGGCUAUUGGCAGCAGAGGAUUCUGA